GCUGUGUGUAUGUGCAUGUAUGUGUUUUUAAUUUUUUUUUUAGGUGUUGUGUUUAUACUUAUAUUCAGUUUGUGUGUGAGAGAAAGCACUGCUACUACGUCUCCCCAUAACCAUCUUAUUCAGAAAGUCGUCUAUAAAACACGCGUUUGUCUCAAACUGACUGCUCUCAACUUGGACUGAAGCUAGAUAGUUGUGUUAGCAGAUCAGCAGUUGCACAGCUAUUAUUGGUGGGCUACAGUUAGUUUCGAAGCCUUCAGGUAAAUUCCGCCUUAAGAGAUGAAACAAUACCAGGAAACUGCACCGCUUGCAACAGGCACCGGUAAAUAAACCGAUGUUCACACCUUUAGUCUCUGAACAUGUCUCCAUAUUCCUGACUGAAUGACAGUACAGCUGCUUUGUUUGUCACUGGCGGUGUGGUUGGUCAGUAGAUGAGCUGCUGUUUGGUGAUUGGUCUAGAUAUGUUGCGGGUGUCGGAGGGGCAAGUCGGGCGACCACCUAGAAUCCGGACUGCCCAGAGGAGCACCCUGGCUAGCGUCUUGCAGUUUCUGGAGUCCCGCCCCGCGAUACACGCGCCCCGUUCUCACCGAACCCUCGGCUUGCAAGCCCCUCCCCCACGCCGCCUCCUCUCUUCUCUCCCUUACGGUCCACACGGCCUUCUGGGUAAACGCAGCUUCCACCACCACACCAGAGCCGAGCCGGAGAAACGCCCAGAAAACCCAGGGCAGACAACGGGACCAGUGCACAACGGCCGCAGCAGUGGUGGCGGAGGGACCAGGGGCAGUGCUAGGGGCGGAGUCAUGAUUAGGAAGCGACGCCCAAACUUGAUCGAUGCCCCUGACGACAGCUUUUUCGUAGUCUCCCGGGAGACCAGUGCUGCAGCCGUUACACACCUGCUCACGGAGGGCCAGGCGGCUGCUGUCACGGUCCCAGCUGAGGCGCGCCUGUCGGCAGCCCUGUGAGCAGAUCACCCUGCGCAAGGCCUCCCAGGCACUAUCGCAGGGGCCGCUCCACGCCCCUCCACACCCCCACCCCAGCCUCAGGAUGAGGGGACCCAUCGUUAUCCACGACUGACCACUGACCUCUGACCCUAUCUCUCUGCCAUGUUUGUCACCUGCCUAUGCUCUACAUGCAAGACCUUAACCCUAGUUUCACCUGGCCCCCGACUCCCGCCCUGCCCAUCGCCCACUUAAAAAAAAUAUUGUGAACCUCCCCAUCCUACGGAGUCUGACCCUUCACCUCGGGAGGAAGUGAUGUGCUGUGUUGCCGUGGGGACAGACAGAAAGUGGUUCCCAUCUGUACAGAUUAAACUUCCCUGGGACAGAAACCAGUGUGUGCGUGUGAGAAUUUAUGUGUUUAAGCACAAGUGUGCACGCGCAAGGAUAUGAGCGUGUGCAUGAGUGUGUGAACUUGAUGUUUUUUCUUCUUCUGUACCUGCUACAUGCCAGUGAGUGGGGGUUGUG